AAACAAUAACCACCGAAGAAGAAUAUGUUUCAUAGAAGAAGAAGGAGGCGUCGCAGUGACUUGAUGGGAGUAUUCACAAGUGUUUAUAAAUAAUAAUAAUAAUAAUAACCACCUUUUGUGAACCUCUGUUGACGUCAGUUUAACGACCACCGCUCGUGCGCUCCCCUUCCGGCGUCCUCCUCCGGGCCUCCGGGGACCCUCAUGUUUAACCGCUUCCCGGCUGCCCUCGCACUGCUCCCCGGCCGCCGCCUGCUGCUGCUGCUCGCCUCCCCUCGGAGGACUCUGACCGGAGCCCCGCGCCGCCUCCUCGGCAGGAUGGAGCCCGCAGCGGUGAGGUGUCUCCCCGGGGAGCCCAAGCUCACCAUCUCCUUCCGCCUGGACGGCAGCAACAAGCGCAUGCUGCGGGACCAGGACGAGCCUGUGGGCAAGGUCCUGGCCCGGAUCUCCAACGGCCUCGCCAAGAGCCAAGGAAAGGCGAAGAAGUCCAAGAAGAAAAAGAAGGGUACGCAGCCGGGCCAGACCACCCCGCAGCAGGAGCCUCCGCCGCCCGCCGUGAAGCUGCGCUUCGACGGGGAGGAGGUGGCCGACACGGUGCCGAACGGCGCGGCGUGGCGUGACGGCGCCGUGCUGCAGGUCGGCGACGUCGCGUACUCGGUGCAGAGGAACGCGCCCACGUUCGUCACCGCGGAGCUGCCGGCCUCCCUGCUGUCCGGGUUCCCCGUGUGCCCCAACCUGGAGGUGGAGUUCGGGAACCUGCAGGACUGCGAGUUCACGUGGUUUAAAGAAAAUGCCCCCGACGCGAGUCCCGAAGCUGCCGAAGGACCUCCAUCUCAGGACGCCGGUUGGACUGAGGUGGGACGCCGCAGAGUCCACGUCCCGUCCAAUCACGACAUCGGCUUCAGGCUCAAACUGCGCUGCACGCCGAAAGACGGGGGACGCGGCGGCGCGCCCAAGGAGCUGGUCUCUGCCGGGGCCGUGGAGGCUGGACCGGGCGUGUGCACGUUCGACAACCGGCACGCGUACACGCUCAAAGAGGCGGAGUGGCCGGCGGUCAGGGUGGUGACGUACAACAUCCUGGCCGACGUCUACGCCCAGACGGAGCUCUCCAAGACGGUGCUCUACCCGUACUGCGCCCCGUACGCCCUGCAGCUGGACUACAGGCAGAACCUGAUCAAGAAGGAGCUGGCCGGGUACAACGCCGACAUCAUCUGUCUGCAGGAGGUUGACAAGGGGGUGUUCGUGGACAGUCUGACUCCGGCUCUGGAUGCCUUCGGCCUGGAAGGUGUUUUCAGGAUUAAAGAGAAGCAGCACGAAGGACCGGCCACUUUCUAUCGCAGGUCGAGGUUUAAGCUGCUGAGUCGUCAUGACAUCGUGCUGAGCGAGGCGCUGACCUCUGACCCCAUCCAUUCCACGCUGCUGGAGAAGGUUUCUGCUAACCGCGCUCUGAAGGGCAAGAUGCUGCGGAGGUCCACCGUCCUGCAGGUCAGUGUGCUUGAGGACCUUCAUAAACCAGGCAGGCAGGUCUGUGUGGCCAACACUCACCUGUACUGGCACCCGAAAGGAGGGAAUCUUCGUUUGGUCCAGAUGGGCGUGGCCAUGCAACACCUGAGUCAUGUGAUCAGCGAGGUCACGCCUGGAGCCCCUCUGGUCUUUUGCGGUGACUUCAACUCCUCCCCUCACUCAGGUGUGUUCCAGCUGCUCAGUGAGACGGAGGUUCCUCUGCAACACGAGGACUGGAGCAGCUCCGGUCCGGAGGAGUCCUGCAGCAUGGAGCUGCGCUCUGGUUUCCCCCCUCUGCUGAGCGCCUGCAGCCAGCCGGCCUACACCAACUACGUGGGAGGAUUCCACGGCUGCCUGGACUACAUCUUCAUACAGCCGGACAGCAUGCAGGUGGAGCAAGUGAUUCCUCUGCCCAGCCACCAGGAGGUCACCACCCACGAGGCUCUGCCCAGCGUCGCUCAUCCCUCAGAUCACAUCGCCCUGAUCUGUGACCUGCGCUGGAACCCGUGACCUCUGACCUUUUUAAACCUCAAACCUCGUCACCCGUUGCUCAUUCAAAUAUAGCCUGACUUUGGAUUUUCUUUCUACUUGAAUGAAGUUGGAGCAUGAAAACCUGCAGGUUGUAAUCACAAAAUGACAUUAACUGUUGUGAUGAAGUCCAUAUUGUAUUAUUUACAGUACAAUAAUUAGGGACUUCUAAUCACUGAUAUUCAGUGUUGGGGUUGUUAUUGGAAAAGAAGAGAUGAAUUGCAAAUAAUUGUUUGUCUUGAAAGUAAUCCUUAUUUGUGUGUUACUCCUGACUCAAGAGUACUGCAUCAUUUUAGGUUUAUAAUUGGACUCCCUCUAAAACUUUUGUUAAAACACAUUUUAGUUCAUAUUGACUUUUACUGGCUUAAACACCCAGUUGAGAUAAAUAAAUACAGAUUUACAUUUUAAUAAAGAUAUUUAUUAUUACUAUUGUUUGGCCAAACAACAUGACCAGUGGUUCUUUUUAAGUUUUUAAUAAAUUGAUAAAGUUUGAGUCUA